AAUAACCCCACGCCUUUGUCUUUCUUUACUUUCUGGUUUUUCUUCUCGAUUUUGAUCUUAAAUAUUCAAAUCUCCAUUUUUGUGGAGUAGAAGCGAAGGUAAGGUGUGAUAGCAAGAGAUAGAAGUAGGGUACGAAAUGAUGGAGUUGGAGUUUUACCUGGAGCUUCUGCUCACCGCUGUCUUCUCCGUCCUCAUCGUUUUUCUCAUCGGCAAGAUCGCCGUCGUCGGAGCAAGCGACGGCGAACGGACGGAGGAUGUUUCCCUCUCCGCCGAUCUUGCUGCCUCCUUUUCUACUAGGGAGGAGGGAUCGGAAUCGAAAGAAGCUGAGCCGACCGCUGUUCCUUCUGAAACGAAAGAUGAGCUUAUCGGCGCAGCGAAGGAAAAUAGCACGAUCGGAACUGACGUGAUAAGAAUGGAUGAGAAGUUUUCUGGGAAAAUGAAGAUGCCUGAGGUACUGGAGAGUUUGGAGGAAGGGGAGGGGGAGCGGCAUGAAGUGGGUAAGGAGAUUGAGAUGGAGAGGGUAAGUGAGGGCGAUGUUGAGGAGGUGGGAUCGUUGCUUCAUGGGGAGGACGAGUGGGAAGGGAUAGAGAAGAGCGAGGUGGAAAAGCUUUUUGCUGUGGCUACUGAGUAUGUUCGUAGCUCGACUGGCGCAGCUGCGUUGUCUAGGGCGAGUGGCGAUGUGCAGAUGGAGCUCUACGGGCUUAACAAGAUAGCCACCGAGGGGCCAUGCUAUGAGUCGCAACCGCUGCCAUUGAAUUUCUCUGCUCGGGCCAAAUGGCAAGCUUGGCAAAGACUGGGAAGCAUGAUACCAGAGGUAGCUAUGGAACAUUACAUUAAUGUUUUGUCCAAAAAUAUUCCUGGAUGGAUGCGCGCAGAUUCUGGAAAUGUCAGAUUUGAUAAAGCCAAUGAUUCUUCACCGGCAUGGAUAUCAGAUUCAGGAACUUCUGAUUUAAGAUUAUCGUUGCAGCAUCAGCUUAGCUCCGGAACACAAACGAAAUUAGACGAACUUGCUCCUUGUGAAAUUGAUCGUGCUACAGAGGGGUCGAAAAUCCUAGGGUUUACAAAUAUGUUCAUCCUCAACCUGCUAUCUCCUACCAGAGGUGCGUUCUUGAGCAUCUACUGGUAAGCUGCUGGAUGACCUCAUGAAUCAAAUGAAUU